GAAACAUAGUGGCUUUGCUGCGCGGACCCGAAUCAGAGGAGACAACCGGCACCAGGCCCUCUUGCACUUACUUUACUAAGGUUAACUCUGAUUUAGAAGAGGCUGUUUUAGUUUACAGUGUUUUUUAAAAACACUGUACACCAUCCCGACAAUAUAGGCACCACGGAUCAGCCCAGAAUGCCAAACAUCAAGAUAUUUUCUGGCAGUUCGCAUCCGGAUCUGUCGCAGAAGAUCGCGGACCGACUGGGACUCGAACUGGGGAAAGUGGUCACCAAAAAAUUCAGCAAUCAGGAAACCUGUGUAGAGAUCGGGGAGAGCGUACGUGGAGAAGAUGUCUAUAUUGUCCAGAGUGGCUGUGGCGAAAUAAACGACAAUCUUAUGGAGCUGCUGAUCAUGAUCAAUGCCUGUAAGAUUGCGUCAGCGUCCAGAGUCACAGCGGUUAUACCUUGUUUCCCCUACGCUCGGCAGGACAAGAAGGACAAGGUGGGGAGUCGGGCUCCAAUCUCAGCCAAGCUGGUCGCCAACAUGCUGUCUGUAGCCGGGGCAGACCACAUCAUCACUAUGGACCUGCAUGCAUCUCAAAUUCAGGGGUUCUUUGACAUCCCAGUUGAUAACUUGUAUGCUGAGCCUGCAGUCCUCAAAUGGAUAAAAGAAAACAUCAAUGAAUGGAAGAACUGCACAAUUGUUUCUCCUGAUGCUGGUGGAGCAAAGAGAGUGACAUCCAUCGCAGACCGGCUGAACGUGGACUUUGCCCUGAUUCAUAAGGAGCGGAAGAAGGCCAAUGAGGUGGAUCGUAUGGUGCUGGUCGGGGACGUAAAGGACAGAGUGGCAAUUUUAGUAGAUGACAUGGCAGACACAUGUGGGACGAUAUGUCACGCGGCUGACAAAUUGGUGUCUGCCGGAGCCACUAAAGUGUAUGCCAUCUUGACUCAUGGCAUCUUCUCCGGGCCGGCCAUUUCUCGGAUCAACAAUGCCAAUUUUGAGGCAGUUGUGGUCACCAACACAAUUCCACAGGAGGACAAAAUCAAACACUGCAACAAGAUUCAGGUGAUCGACAUUUCUAUGAUCCUGGCUGAAGCUAUUAGACGAACUCAUAACGGGGAGUCAGUUUCGUACUUGUUUAGUCAUGUCCCCUUAUAACACACAAACAUGCAUACAUCCAUACACACACAUCAUGUCUUCACACACGCUAUCACUGUGUACAAACUCAUAUGAUGGAGAACCAUUGCUGGCUCUGUUAAGCCAUGUUCCUUUGAAAGAGUCUCAUACAUGCACCAUUUAAUUGAAGACAUAUUCUGGACAGUGAAUGAAAAGAAUCAAAGUGCUACACACAGCUCCCUCUUUCUGCUGCAUGUGCUGACUCACCUUUUUUUCCCGAAAGUAUUGUGAUAUGUAACAAGUCCUUUCAUCUUGAUUUCCAUUCACUCUUCACGCACUGUAUUUCACCCUUCGCUCUAGGGUAUAUAAAUGUUACCUGCAUGCUAGACUGAGGAUUAACUUGAACAUCGCUGUCUGUUAUUUUCACCUUAGAUGAAUUUAAAACCAACAAUUAAGACAACAGCCCCUGCUUAUGAUGAAAGAUCUCCUGUAAUACUGGAUUUAUUUUGGAUAUUUUAGCUCGGACGUUUAUUGCGUAACUUAAAGGUACGAUAGAUGUUUAUGACUUUUGUAACACCUUAGUUUUGUUAAAGAAUCUGAUAACUAACAUGUUUCUCGAAUGAAAUAGAAUGUGGGUUAAACUGCUUCAGAUUGCCAUUGUUAUGGCAGCUGGAUUUUUUUUUCUCUUUUGUUUCUCUUCUCAGGUUUGUUUUAGGUUGAUUAAUUUUCUUUAUUAAUUUUCAUCUCUUCAGGGUGUUUUGACAGGGUGAAAGCUAAGAUCUAAGUGGAAAAAAAAAUUAGGUCAUAUUUUUAAGUUGUGAUAAAAUGUUUCUUUUAUGUUUAUGUUUACAGUUAGGCAGCAUUUUGGACUGCUUGAACACAGAUCUGUGAAGUGCCCUUUAGAUUUGACUGAACCUAAUUAAGUGGCUACUGUAGAAUUGGCCCAAACAAUCAGCCUGUUGAACUCUUUUUGUUGUUUCUUGCUUAUAUCUGUGUGGGUCAGUGUGUUUGGUCUUGGAGUAUAUAUCUUUUUCACUGCUGCUUAAGCAAGAACAGAGAUAAUACACUUAAUUAUCCUACAGCUUACACUGGAGCCGUAAGUGAGACGACAGAGCUUGAUUUGAUUAGGUCUAUGCCCUUUGCCUUAACCAAGGAGAAAAGUGCUGACGAUACUGACGUAUGUCGUCUGAAUGCAGAAUGAUGAGUAAAGUAUUUCAUGUAUAAACUGCA